AUGGUUGAGGCUCCAAGCCGUCUAAAGAUGGGACAAUUCGUGCUGCAUACAAGACAGUGCAGAGUCGGAAAUGAAUACAUCCUCUACAGUGGAUUCGCUUUUCUCUGUCUCCCCGCUUUUAUCAUCCUCCUAUUCUAUCUUGGACUCUCCUUCGGCGUGUGUGGAGAUCGUCCACACGAGGAGGCCAGUUUCUGCAAUCGCGGAGUUGGUGCUAACCUACUCUUGUCAGGAGUCGUCUUCACUUUUCUACUGUCAAGUCUAUUGAUGUUGGUCUGCACCGGGAUAUUCUUGUCCGGAGGACUGGUGCAGACAGAAGUUUGUCGUUAUGCUACGCACCGCUACCCUGCAGGACCAGCGGUGCUUGAUGACGCGUUAGAGGUGUUUGUGGAACACCAACUUAGACAGGGUGCAGAAUUUCCAUCAUAUCUCUUGCGGACGAAUCCCAACAUCUCGCAUCAUCUUAAAAACGUUGCCAGUGCUAGACCAUUCAGUGUCCUCCUAACACACUGUGCCAAUGAGAGCUUUGUCGAUUCCCUUGGUGAUGAGGUGGUUGGAAUGAUGGUGUCUGACACGGUAAGAUAUGGCCUCGUUCCAUCUAAUUUACCCCUUACUUUUCUGCUAAUUUGCCUAGGGAAGUUCAAUGUACCAUCCUCCCUUGGGAACCUGUCUUUCAUGUUGAAAGGCCACAUGAUUAACUCAUGUAGCCCGGUAAAGUAA